AUGCCCCUGUCCCUGGGAGCCGAGAUGUGGGGCCCUGAAGCUUGGCUGCGGCUGUUGUUCCUGGCAUCGUUUACAGGCCGAUACUCCGCGGGUGAGCUGGAGACCUCGGACUUAGUGACAGUGGUGCUGGGUCAGGAUGCAAAACUGCCCUGCUUCUACCGAGGGGAUCCGGAUGAGCAGGUGGGGCAGGUGGCAUGGGCUCGAGUGGACCCAAACGAGGGUACCCGGGAGCUGGCCCUACUGCACUCCAAAUACGGGCUUCAUGUGAACCCUGCUUAUGAGGACCGCGUGGAGCAACCACCGCCCCCACGAGACCCUCUAGACGGCUCGGUCCUCCUGCGCAACGCUGUGCAAGCUGAUGAGGGCGAGUACGAAUGCAGAGUCAGCACCUUCCCAGCCGGUAGCUUUCAGGCACGGAUGCGGCUUCGUGUUCUGGUGCCUCCUCUGCCUUCACUGAAUCCUGGUCCACCACUAGAAGAGGGCCAGGGCCUGACGUUGGCAGCCUCUUGCACUGCUGAGGGCAGCCCAGCUCCCAGCGUGACCUGGGACACAGAGGUCAAGGGCACACAGUCGAGCCGCUCUUUCACACACCCCCGCUCAGCUGCCGUCACUUCAGAGUUUCAUCUGGUGCCCAGCCGAAGUAUGAAUGGGCAGCCGCUGACCUGUGUGGUGUCUCACCCUGGCCUGCUCCAGGACCGAAGAAUCACCCACACCCUCCAAGUGGCCUUCCUUGCGGAGGCCUCUGUGAGGGGCCUUGAGGACCAAAACUUGUGGCAAGUCGGCCGAGAAGGAGCCACACUCAAAUGCCUGAGUGAAGGACAGCCCCCUCCCAAAUACAACUGGACACGGUUGGAUGGACCUCUGCCUAGUGGGGUACGAGUGAAAGGAGACACUCUGGGCUUUCCCCCACUGACUACUGAGCACAGUGGCGUCUAUGUCUGUCACGUCAGCAAUGAGCUUUCUUCGAGGGAUUCUCAGGUCACUGUAGAAGUUCUUGACCCCGAAGAUCCAGGAAAGCAGGUGGACCUGGUGUCCGCCUCAGUGAUCAUAGUGGGCGUGAUUGCUGCUCUCCUGUUCUGCCUCCUGGUGGUGGUGGUGGUUCUCAUGUCCCGAUAUCAUCGCCGCAAAGCCCAGCAGAUGACCCAGAAAUAUGAGGAGGAACUGACUUUGACCAGGGAGAACUCCAUCCGGAGGCUGCACUCUCACCACUCGGACCCUAGGAGCCAGCCGGAGGAGAGUGUAGGGCUGAGAGCGGAGGGCCACCCUGAUAGUCUCAAGGACAACAGUAGCUGCUCUGUGAUGAGUGAAGAGCCAGAAGGCCGCAGCUACUCCACGUUAACCACAGUGAGAGAGAUCGAGACACAGACCGAACUGCUAUCUCCAGGCUCUGGGCGGACAGAGGACGACGAUGAUCAGGAUGAAGGCAUCAAACAGGCCAUGAACCAUUUUGUGCAGGAAAAUGGGACCCUGAGGGCCAAACCUACAGGCAAUGGUAUCUACAUCAACGGGCGAGGGCACCUGGUCUGACCCAGGCCUGCCUCCCUCCCCGAGGCCUGGCUUCUUCUGCUUCCAUGGGGGAACUUCGGCUCUUCUUAGGGGAAACCCCCUUAAAUGCCUGCAUUUCUUUAGGAAGGUACUUCCCACCCUACUGACUGCUCUACUUUGACCUCCAAUCCUUCUGUUCAUCAGGAGAGCUCCGCUGGUUGAGUGCCUCCCACCAUUGCGUGUAGGUCAUCCUGUGUGUGUGUGUGUGUGUUUGUGUCCGCACUGUCACGUUGAAAGCCCAAGUGAAUGAUCUGUGUGCCACAGGAUUUGUGGCUGUGUGCAGAGCAUUCCCAGGGUGUGGUGUGUGAGUAGAGUGCCUUAUGUGUGACCUCUGCCUACAAAGGCAGGGAUUUUCCUCAGACCCCAGAGCAGUAUUAGUGAUGCAGAGGUUAGAAGUGAGAGGCGGAGACUGUGGCCAGAUCCAGGUGUGCGGGCACAGCUGGAGCUAGAAUCUGACCUCCAAAGUGGGGGAGCUGUGUUCCCACCCCUUGGGAGCAAGUAAGAAGCAGAAACCCCGGGGUCUGCCAGAGGCCGGAACUGUUACAGAAGCCCUCUGCCCUCUGGUGGCCUGUGGGCCUGCUGCAUGUACGUACCUUCUGUAAAUUAAACUCCAAGGGAGCUAGCUUCCUGAGUUCUGCUCAGACUCCCUUAAUAAGAGAAAAAGAAAAUUUAAAA